AUGAGUUUAGUUCACGGCCGAUUAAUCAACGGUAGCCAAGCACGUGUGGAGAAGAUGGAGUCAGUACAGGUGGAACAAGGGAAGCGCGUGCGCUUGGAGUGCAAGGCUAGCGCACGCCCGCCACCACACAUAUCCUGGUAUAAGGAUGGAAAGCCCGUAGCCGAUAUCGCGUUACGAAGAUUCCGGGUGCAAAAUUACAGGAGGCGCUCGGUACUAGUGAUAAGACAUGCUCGUCGGGACGACUCCGCGGUGUACGAGUGCAGAGCGCAGGGCGCGGUGGGACCGGCGGCUUCGACGACGGCCAACGUUAGCGUUGUGCCGCAAGUCAUUGCCACCCCGGAUACACCAUCUGGUGCGCCAUGUCCGAUGCCAGAUCCAACCUCCUACUGUCUAAAUGGAGGCACUUGUUUAUUCUUCGAAGUUGUUCAGGAGCAAGCUUGCAAAUGCCCAGAAGGUUUCAACGGGCAGCGCUGUGAGAACAAGGACGUGUCGAACAGGAGUAGUUUAGGAGAACGACUGUGG